GAUUUUCCUAGUGUUUAAAGUAUUUUCAUUUAGUUUUCGGUUGUUUAGUUCUCAUUGUAGUUAGGUACCAUGCACGUGAACUAACUCUAAAAUGGCCAAUUCUCAUCCAUUGGAAGAUGGAGCACCACCACAUUACUCCAGACAAGUAAGGAACUAUUUGGAUGCUAUUUGGAGCAUUUUUUGAACUGAACUCAGCUUAUUUCCUCAAAUUAUGACGUUAAACGUCGAUGUAUUCAGUUAUCAAUAUUCAACAUGACAGAAAGCGAUUGCGAAGAAUUGAGCAAAAAAAGUUCGGAGCAAAAUAACUGUUUAGAAGAAAAUAAUCUCCAAAAACGCGAUGGAAAUGAUGGUUUUCAUUGGAUGCUAUAUUUUUCUGCAUUUACAGCGAACAUUCUUCUGUUCAACGUUGGUGUGAAUACGGUAUGGUUUUCUCCAAUGUUGCCGAAAUUAUUAUCGAACGAUACCAACAUCAACCCUUUAGGACGGCCCAUUCAAACAUCUGAUAUAUCCAUAUUGGCAACUAUAGGUCCAAUAUUCGGCGUCAUAGGCCUUUUACCAGCAGCUGGAUUAGCGGAUCUCAUAGGGCGCAAAAGCGUAUUAUUAUUAAUAGCAUUUAUAUCCGCUUGCAACGCGCUAAUGACCUCAUUCGCUUACAACGUGUACUUUUAUUAUGUGAAAGGUGUUUUAGCCGGGCUUUGUAUCUCGGCUUCAUUGGUAAUUGUUCCAGUUUACAUGAAUGAGAUAGCAGAAGAUAGGAAUAGAGGAAAGCUCGGAGGUUUCAUGGGCAUGGCGAUACCCACUGGAGUGCUCAUGGGUUAUGUAGUAGGACCCAUAACAAGCGCCAGAACUUUUCCAUUAUUUUAUAUGGCUCCGUCAAUUAUACACUUAAUACUCUCGUUAUUCACUGUUGAAUCUCCGACAUAUUUGGCUCUUAAACAGCGACAGGCGGACUGCGCUCGUGUUCUGGGAAAAUUAAGGAAUACAACGGACGCGAAGAAAAUUGAAACCGAAUGCAAUAAAAUCGAGUUUUUUAUCGCGACUUCGAUAAGGAGACAAAGGAGGAGUUUCCUUGAUGUUUUCAGACACCAAACAGCCAGGCGAGCCUUCUCCAUGUGCAUGGUGGCCAGUUCCGUGCAACAGCUGUCCGGAAUCUUCGUUAUUCUGGCAUUCAUGUCUUCGAUUUUCAGCAAAUCCGGUCGUGUAUCUGGUGACACCUUCGGUAUUAUUACAGGUGUGAUUCAAUUGUGUACUUUCUUCGUUUCUUCUGUAUUAGUGGAUAAAAUCGGCAGACGACCAUUGCUUCUAACAUCGUCACUAGUUUGCUCACUAGCGCUUUUCGUGAUGGGUUACUACAUUAACUUGCAGAACUCGGAUGAUAUGGUUUGGUUGGCAAUCCUGGGCAUAGUUUUAUUCGUGGUUGGCUAUGGAAUAGGCUUGGGACCUAUUCCUAUCACACUGUGUGGGGAAUUGUUCCCGGAUGACCUGAGAGCAAUGGGUUGCGGAAUUGUCCUGGUAGCUGAUAAUUCAGCUAUUUGUUUCAUUAUGUUUUGCUUUCCUCUCGCUUCCGCAUACUUUGGUGUGCAAUACUGCAUGUGGUUCUUCAGCUUAUCGUGUUUGAUCGGAUUAGUGGGCAUUUAUUUGGUAGUGCCGGAAACUAAAGGAAAAAGUUUUAAUGAAAUUCAGGCAAUUUUAAGCAGAUAACAUAGUUAUGUAGUUUUGAACUGAAUUUAUUCUUGCAUUCUCCUAGGUUUACAAAUAUAAGAAAUUUUUGUAUGCUUAAAUUAAUA